UGAAACAUCUUUCUUCGCGCCCGCUAAGCGGAAGUAGUUUAAAUUCGGCGGCACAUGGAGACUCUCUGUGUUUUUCUGAAAGAAGACAGAAAACAGAAACCAUGUCCAAACUCAAGAGAAGGAAAACUGCGCUGGAGGAAAUAAAAUCUGAGCAACAGUUUAGGAUCAGAGAUCAAACUGAGAGUCUGCGCAUCCCGGACGCAGCGCUCCACAGACGGGCUGCAGGUUCUCCUGCAGGUGGAGGAUCUUCAUGCUGGACUUCCUCUGAUCUCUCAGACGUGGAGAAGCUCUGGAUGAAGACUCUGCAGGCUUUAUGUCCUGAGGUUCCAGCUCGGGACUCUGCGCUCUGUGUUCCUCGUCUCCCUCAGCUGUCCACGAAACAGGAGGAAGAGUGUGAGCGGCGCUGGUGCAGUCUGGAUGAAGACGUUAUUCCCUUUCCGAAUCCACUCGCUCCCGAUCCGCUUCCUUGCUCCGCCCCUUUCCCAUCGUCUCCCGCCCUGCAGAACCGAGCCGGCUGCGUCCCAGUCCGCCGCGCAUCAUCAGACUCCCCCGGUGAAGGGAGCGAGCGAUCCGGUGUGAGCGAGAGCGACAGCGAGCAGGACCCCAACACAGCCGCUGCAGGAAAACACGGAUCUGGACCUGGACAUUCCGGACCGGAGUGCGAGGGUGAAGCAGGAACGUUAGACUAUUCCGAAAUUAAAUCUGGAUUGGAUCCUGAAAUGGAUAAUGAAGCCGGAACGUCGGGAAGAGGAUUGGGAUCGGACGGAUUAAGACUGGAGUGCUGUCCGAUGUGUCUGAUGCCGUUUCCUGCGCGGUUCUCUCAGAUGGAGUGUGAUGGUCAUCUCGCCCAGUGUUUAUCAGAGAUGAAUGCAGAUAUGAUGUGGUGAUCUUCAUCAUCUUCAUCAUCUUCAUCAUCAUCACAUGAUCACAUGACAUCAUAUGCACUUGUAAAUAAAUAGCUACAGCGCUGCAGUGAAUAAUCAUUAAUGUACCGGCGAGCAGCUGUAACUGCCCUGCGUUAGCUCGGUAUCAAUAGCUAGCUAGAUAAUUAAAUAUCAACAAGCUAACAUUAUUUAGCUAAUUUUAUUUAGCUAGCUUCAUAGUUAGUGACGCUAAAACUGAAAUAUUCUUAAAAAUAAGAAAAUAAAUCUGAAGGCUUUGUUCUGAUGUGUGUGUGUUUCUCUGUUGUUACAGUGAUGUAAAGAAAAAGGUAUAAAUUAGCAUAAAUUAGCAUAAAUUAGCAUAACUGCUGCAGUAGCAGCUCUAAGGUAAAUACGCUAAUACAUGAGCACAUGUACACUUACUCUAAUGCUAACAUGCUAACUUUCACACUGCUAAUAA